CAUGUAGAAGGUUGUCACGCUGCCUCUGUCACUCUGUGCCUCACAAUAACUGUUCUCGAAGGCUGUUUAUCGUCAGCUGAUUGUGGCCAUGCCGGGCCGCAGAUCAGCUGACGCCCCGCCAUAUGGCUGCCGCCGCAUUUCCCUCAUUUUUUCGUGUCGCGGCGCCGCCUCAGCCACACCGCCCAGUUUCCCUGUCACCUCACUUGUUCUUGCCCACCUCGUAGGGUCAUUGGCAUUGUCAAACUGGUAGCGUGUGCAAAAUAAGUGUUUGUUUUCUUGAAACAGCUGAUAUUGACGUGAUCAGCUGAUGGUCGUCACAUGGCGGUGCUCACCAACAGGGCGGGGCCGCGCGGCAAAUAUGUUUAGAGUAUCAACACUACACAUAAAUUUGCGCAAUUCUUACUGUAUUUACGUAUUUUUUUCGACGCAUAAAGGCAUCCUUUACUGAAUAUAUGGUGAAAUGAACUGGUGAGGAACGUAUAGGCGGAGAGGAGGCUGUGUGUGUGGCCGCGGCGGAAAUGGCAUCGCGUGGGCGUCAUCUAGCUUGGCCUGGCGAAGAGGGAACCCCUGUUGGCUGGCCGGGGCACAGAUGUAGGGCACGCGUGACAUCCCCUCAGCGACUUGGACACAAGGGCACGCAAGUCGGGGUGAUGGUUGAGCGGGCGGCCGGUGUCCCCAAAGACGGCCAUGGAGCAGGAAAAACGCAUUCGGCGGGAGAUCGCCAACAGCAACGAGAGGCGACGCAUGCAGAGUAUCAACGCAGGCUUCGCUUCCCUCAAGACGCUCCUGCCGCACCACGAGGGGGAGAAGCUGAGCAAGGCGGCCAUCCUGCAGCAAACAGCGGAGUACAUUUACCAGCUGGAGCAGGAGAAGACCCGGCUCCUCUCCCAGAACUGUCAGCUGAAGCGGCUCCUGAACCACCAGCAGCACCAUGCUGAUGCUGAAGGAAGUCCAGCAGGAGGAGAGAGUCCCUGUGAUGAUGGAAGCAGUGGUGGUGAGGUGGUGGUUAGCACACAGGUGGAUGGAGGAAGCGGAUCAGAGGACCUGCGACGAGAGAUGAUUGAGUUGAGGGUGCAACUGGACCGUGAGCGGCGCCAUCGCAUGUCUCUAGAGGAACACAUCCGCUCCCUGGAGUCCCCUGGACUAGGCUUCCCUGAACGCAUCAAGGAAACAUCAUCUCAUCCCACUUCAAAGGUGGAAUUGCGGGAACCUAAGGUAGAGCCAGUGCCAGUGCCUGUAACAGUGCCUGGCCAGGUGACCAAUGUGGUAGAGGUAACCACCACUCCACGAGCUCCCCUUACUACCACCACCAUCAAGUCAGAGCCACUUAGCCCUUCCACUAACCUCCAGAUCAUCCCCUCAACGCCUGCUGCUGCCACUGCUCCCACCACCACCACCUCUGCAGUGGCUCCCCAAGCUGCUGUCACCACCACCACCACAACCACGGCAGUCAUAGGCCAGCCAACACUACGGCAGGCUCUCCUGAGCCGGCAGUCACUGAACCCUAAUGGGCAUGGCAACCAUAUCCCGACCACUGUGGUGUCUGCCAGCCCAGCAACCACCAUUGUCACUGUUGUCCCCUCAGCCAAGGGUGGCAUUGAUGCACUUCCAUCAGUGUUUGAAGCCCUAACAGCUCCUGGGAGGAUUGGUGGGGCCAAAGUAGAGGUGGAGCCAGCUCCACGUGUUCCCUCCCCAGAGACUACCAUUGAGUAUGUGGAUGAUAGCAAAAACCACACGGUGUAUAUUGUCAAUUCAACUAAUGCCGCCUGCCAGAAGUCUCUAGACACCAUUUGUGAAGCCAUCCGACACCUGGAGGGUGACCACAUGUUCCAGACAGAGGAGCAACACCCACGCCUGGAGGAGGAGAUCAUUACUGAUGAGACACUUACCAUUGAGGACCACGUUGGGGAGCAGGUAACCCUGGCAGAGGAGGAGCCCAUCACCCUGCACAUGGUGGGAGAGCCACAGGAGGUGCCCCUAGAGCUGACCACCACCCAUCGCCCCAACACUCCACACUCCCGGUUGGCACCCCAGCAGGCAGCCACCAUUAGCCUCAAUUCAGGCACUGGAGGCCGCUUAGUGUCCCAUCCUGGCACCCGGCUUCCCCAGGCAUCCCCAACGAUGGAGGCUGUACCAGUGUGCAGUAUCUCCACCACCACUUCCUCCCCCUCCUCCACCUUACUACAACCUUCCAGACCGGGGGUCAUUGUAGUGAAGCAUCCUUAAAAUUCUUCUGACCUUCUGGGCAGGUUGACUGUGUUAAUAUGUUAAGGCAAGUAAGUUAAGCUGUUUUGACCAGUGGUGUUUUCCCACCCCACAACCAUGGGUGGUGUUCCUGACUGGCUGAAAUUGUAAAAUUGUGCAGUGACCAGCAGGGCCGGUUCUGCCACUGUUGUGAUGCUAUCAGUGCACGGCCAUAGAGGAGAAACCCCGAAUUGUAAAGCUUGUACAUAGUGUCUUUGGUGUAUAAAGUGUAGAAUAAGAACCCAGGAGAUGUGACGGCUCACUCUGCAUAUCAAGAGUGACUGGCAGCAUCCCAGGUGUCACCGUCAGCUUGGUUGCUACUCUGCUUGGAGGAAACUUAUUGCCACGUUUAUAUGUAGUCUCUGGGCAGGGCUUUGGUUUCACUGGUCCCACAGGCAGCAUGGCAUGGGAAGCAUAGGCAUUCAGCUCUUGUGCAUUUUUUUUUUUUUUUUUUUUUUUUUUUUUUUUUUUAAGGAACUAAUAUUUUAUGAUAAUGGAAAUAUAGUUAUUUUGUUGGUAUGAUUGUCUAGCACAAAACUGCUACUCUGAAGGUGUGAGUUGAAAGUCUGUAGGAUCAGUUUUGUAACUGUGAUCUGGUUCAAGGAUCAGUUUUCAUAACAAACAUUGUCACAAUUUAUUUAAGGUCAAAUAUGUUAAACAGAAUGUAGAAUGUCCUAAUGCAACACAAGGUCCAUUUGGAUAUAUCAGUUCCAAAUCCAUGAUGUUGGGAUACUUAUGAGUAAAAGUAAAUUCAAACCUUAUAUCAAGGGAGCAGCAGCUACAGUUGUCUGCAUGAGAGGACAGGGAGGUCUGCAGGGUUAGGGGCAUCUUUGUCUUCUAUACAUCUAUACCUGCCUAUAACAGACAUAAAUUGACAAUUGUUUUUAUUAGUCAAAAUAGAAAUUACAUGAUUGCUCAUUACACUUGUGCAUUAUGUAUUAAGAUUUACAUAGAUAUAAAUGUGAAUUCUGCACAAAAAGAAUUGGUGCUCAAAGCAAAGCCCUCCAUGCAGGAACUGUCCAUUUAGUGUAUUGAUUUUGCAAUUUACUUAUCAGGCAGAAGACAAGAAGCACUGCUCAUAAGGUAUACAUGUGUGUAUGUAUGCAUAUUGCCUGUGGGUGUGUAGCAUGUAUGUGUAUGUGCACAUAGUAAGUUGUAUAUAGACAGGAAUGAUGAGAGGGCAGCGGUGCAGCACACGGGUGGCAGGUGUUCCCUGCACCACCGCUCACACAACUGUUGGCAGGAUUGUUUAACAUUUGAAGUUCAUUCAUUAAGAACUCUAUUUUGUUGAAAUAGUCGCAGCCAAAAAUAUCAGUUUUCAAAAGAAUACAAGAUUGUUUUAUGGUGGAAGUUGGUUAUUUCUACAUAUUUAUCACAUUUAAAAGUACAGCAUUCUGUAAAAUACAGGAAAUUAUAUAGUGCAUAUAUUUAAGUAAUUUCUUUUCUCAGAAUGAGGAAUGGACAUUAUUAGGUGUUACAUUAUAAGUAUAUCACAGUGAUUAAUACACUGUGGUGCCAGUGUGACUGUCUGCAAGAUGAAAAAUGAAUUAAGAAUUCUUGUGUACUUUCAACAAUGUAAACUUUGUUGUAGUUCUGUACUCAGUGUGCUCCUGCUGGCAGCUUGCGUGAGCCAGAAGGUGCUGUGCUUUAAGGAAACUAAAUUGAUUGACAUUAAAACUCUGUACACUUAGUCUCUUUAUUCUAUUAUCAUGGUAGGGCAAGUGUGUGUGUGUGUGUGUGUGUGUGUGUGUGUGUGUGUGUGUGUGUGUGUGUGUGUGUGACAGCACAGGGGGCCACCUAGUGCUCCCAGAAUGCUGCUGUCUUGACUCUUAGGUAACAUGAGACUGGUAGCUUUAUUUUAAAUCUGGUGUAAAGGAAUUAGUUAAGUGCUGUGUAGAGUUGCAGUACAAGAUAAUGAAGGGUUAUGAAAUACCACAUAAAUACCAAGAAAUGUAUAGGGGGAAAAGAUGCAGAAUUGAAGCCUAAAUUCUUUAAUGGUAGUUGUGUAGCAUGGGUCACCCCCCUCCCCUCCCCUCGUGUGUAUGCCUUCAGGGGCUGGGUUUAUAUGUAAUGAAGUUUUAUUUCUUAGCCUUUCAGUCUUGACAGUGUCCUAACUGGAAGGCUUCAGCAUUUGCUCAAGUAGGGUACUUUUGGACCAGUUCUGUUUUGGUAUAGGGGAUAACUGUUCGUCUGGUGAGGGAGAUUCAUAGCGAGGAUGUAGUGGGGGAAAUAGUCUUUAUUCUAUUGAGAAUACACAAUAGUUAGGAAUUGUCUCAUGCUUGAACUCUUGCCAAAUUCUGAUCCUGUUCAUGACUUACUUUAUUAUCUCUUGUCUCAGAAGAAAAUGGCUCACCUCACACUCCAUGGUAUAUUGAGGCAAGCAGUUGACGAGGCAGGAAUGAGCAAGGAGGUUUUGCACUGUGUAAAACAUUUGAGCCCCAGAAUUUUGCAGUCAUGUCAUAAAUUGUACAUUUUCCAUAAGGAUCUGAGGCACACAUACCAACAAUCUCCUGCUCUUGUGUUGCCAACUGCUUGAUAUGGCUUUCAUAUUUUCUUAUUCUCAUUGAGGGUUUGUAAUUACUGUUUGUUACAAUUUCACUGUAAACCUAAUUACUUAAAUGCAGAUUCAUGUGUAAGUAUUAUUGGUGUACCAAGAAAAUGUUAAAAGUUUUCUCUGAAAUUUAGGCUCUAUGAGUGCAGUGAGUGAGGGCCAAGAUUGUUUCCAUUGUUAGCAUUGAUAGAACUCAUAUGCACGUGAGAGUAUUUGAGCCGGUGAGAUCUAUGAGGAAGAAUCCCUGGAGCUGGUACAGAUCUUAUUGGGUGUGUACAUUAGAUUCUUAUUGAAAAGUGUUGAGUUGGCAGUGAUCUUUGUGGAAGUUCAAAGUUUAUGUUACACAUCUCAUGUGAAAUUGAAAUACCAGUCUAUUUAUUUUGUUUAUCUUUUUUUCUUGUAUUUUUCCAAGGCAGGUAAAGCAGGGCUUUUACAUGUGUGCCAAUUGAAUCUCAGAAGAGUAGAGAUAACUUGUCAUUUUUCAGACAGUGGUUGGUCACUGCCAACUCUAACCAUUCUACGUCAAUUAGGAAAUUUGCACCCGAGUGCAAGAUGUUUGAAAGUACAAAUAUUUAUUACAAGCCUCUCGAGUUAUGACGUAUUGCAUUCCAGUUGGGCAUCAACAUUUUCUUCUAAAAAGCUGAAAACUGCCAGUAAAUUGUAAGGAGUUGAAUAAUUUCUUGACAUCAAAUAACAGUUUUGAAUCUAAGUUGUGGAGAGGAUGCUGAGGCCCACUGGAAUGAGGCGCUGAAGGUCCUAUACUCUCACUGUCAUGUGCAGGAAGCUGUGUGUACCCAAGGUGUUGUGCCACACUGGUGGGAGAGGACAGUCUGCACACCAGUGUCACCUGUUUUCUGAUGCCAGGGUUUUCUCACACUUCCAGGUCUGCUGGCAGAUAAUUUUCUGCAUGGCUGCUUGGCAUACUUGUUAUCCCCCUCCAAAUAUUUUUACAUCUGAAAAUAUUGAUCAAAUUGAAUCAUUGUUACUUUCCCACUGCCAUUUCAGAAUUUAGUGGAUUAGAUUUUUGAAGAGAAGCCUUCAACUGUUUUCUCCAGAUGAUAAGAGUUUUCACAUAAGUAAAUAUUGAAGAUGUAGAUGAUAAUAAGUUGCCCAGUUGGUGCAGCACGCAGACUGUAUACAAGCAGACAUGGGACUAUGAGAAGAUGUGGCACAGGAAUUGUUUGUUGCACACCAGCCAGAUGUGUGCAGUGGCCAAGGGAAGCCACAGAUUUUAAAUUUCACAAUUGUACAAUAAUUAUUGCAGCAGCCAGACACACUGUGGACACUGCUGAGGGUGCCCCUGACUUCUUUAGGGGUACUGUCAUUUCUGUCUUUAUAUACUGUUGUGGAUCAGGUCAGGCUGUUACAAUGAUGACCCAAGAAAAGCUUUGUUAUUUGCCACCAUGUACAUCUGCAGGCUGACUUCUUAAAACCAAAGAUUUGUACUUUCUGUUACCCUGUCAGUUUUGUAAUGUCGGUAAUUGUACAUUUGUUUAAGUUUUUGAACCUCGCAAAAAAAAAAAAAAAAAAAAAGAAAGAAAGAAAAAAAAUCCACACCUUUACAUUUUCCAGCAGGUGUCUGCUUUCAAUUUUUUUACUUUCAUUUCCUUAUAAAUAUAUAACUGGAGAUAGAAUAUGAAAAAUUUCUCCUCUUGUUUAUAUAGAAUAUGAAAAAAAAAAAAAAAAAAUCUCAUCUUC